UGAACCAAUGAACUGAUGUUUUUGAUCCAAACCUCUUCUCUUAUGUUUCAGUUUACUUUUAGUCCCUUUUUUCUUUCCUGAAGUUGUCCUCACACGGUAGAAAUGAAGCUUACUGACAUCAAAAAGUUAAAAGUGCCCGAGCUGCGGUCCAGACUCCAAGAACUCGGGUUGGACAACAAGGGGCUGAAGGCUGAGCUGUUGGGCAGACUGUGGUCCGCGUUAGAGGCAGGACAGGGUGAAGAGCUAAAACUACAACAUGACCGCUCACCGACACCUCCAGCUCCGGAGGACGUCCACAGACCGACAGGAGCUGUUGUCACGGAGCGAUGUGGACCAGACUUCACCCGAGACUUCACAGACAGCUCCACCCAGACAGAGACCCACACCGGCGUGCCUUCACCACAACACGACUCAGAGAGUGUGUCAACUAUACAACACGACUCAGAGAGUGUUUCAACUAUACAACACGACUCAGAGAGUGUUUCAACUAUACAACACGACUCAGAGAGUGUGUCAACUAUACAGCACGACUCAGAGAGUGUUUCAACUAUACAACACGACUCAGAGAGUGUGUCAGAGUGUGUAGCAGGGUACCAGGCGGAGGAGAGAGGAGCUGAGGUGCAGCAGGGAGGAGCAGAGGAUCCUGGAGGAGAAAGGAGAUCAUCAGAGGAGAUGGGCAGAGGAAGAGCUUUCUACGAGUUCAAGGAGGAGAUACGAUACAAAAGAGCCAAAUCACCUCCAGCUCUAGUGGACAGAGAGGAGGCGGAGAAGGAGGAUGAAGAUAAAGUUAGACUAGAUCCAUACGACAGUCACCUCCACUUUGAGGUGGGUCCUGAUGGCUCAUGUGGCCAGCUGCGGUUCUGGGCCCGAUUCCCCUCGCUGUGGUCAGGAUGCAGGCUCACCCACGGGGUGCUGCAGGGCAGGGUGGGCUUUGAAGUGAGACUGGAGAGGAAGUUGUUCACUACACAGCUGGAGGAACAAGAGCACAUGGAUCCUUGUGGCCUGAGAGUGGGCUGGUCUAUGGCCAACACCUCUCUAAUGCUGGGUGAAGAUGAGUUCUCUUUUGCUUAUGACGGGCGCGGUAAAAAAGUGACAGGUGGGAAGGAGGAAGCGUUUGGAGAACUCCUCUCAGAGGGAGACAUCAUUGGCUGUUAUGCUUCCUUCUCCACAGACGGUGCCGUUGAACUCUCUUUCCAUAAGAACAGUCGUGUCAUGGGUGAGGCCUUUUCCCUGGAGGCCUCUGUGCUGCUGGGUCGUCCUCUGUUUCCUCACGUUCUCUGUAAGAGCUGUUCAGUCAGAGUCCUCCUGGACCCCACAGCUCCUCCCUGGUACCCUGGUCCUCCAGGGUUCACACCGCUGGCAGCUCUCUCUGCUUGGCAGAGGGUGCGCACCACAUUGCCUCCUUCCUCCAGAGCACAGUGUGAGGUGUUGUUGAUGGUUGGUCUUCCCGGUUCUGGGAAGAGCCACUGGGCCAGGACUCACAUGAAGCAGCACCCUGAAAAGCGGUACAAGCUGCUGGGCACUGAGGAGCUGCUCGCAUGCAUGAUCAGUGGUGGACAGAAGGACAGCAGGCUGCAGCAGGCCUCUCAGUGUCUAACUGAUUUGAUCAAGUUGGCUGCUCAGACUCCGGGCAAUUACAUCCUCGACCAGUGUAACAUCCUCUUCUCUGCGCGGCGUUACAAGCUGCAGCUGUUCACAGGCUUCAGGCGGCGGGUGGUGGUCGUCUUUCCCUCAGCGGACGAGUGGAAAAGACGACUCGCCCUGCACCAGAUGAGCAACGGGGAGCAGAUCCCUGAGACCGCCCUGCUCAAACUCCAAGUGAGCUGCAGUCUUCCGGAGCAGCACAGCGACCUGCUGGAGGAGCUGCAGUACGUCGAGCUGCCUCAGGAGGAGGCACAGACGCUCCUGCAGGAGUACAGCGAUGAGGCUCGCAGACUGCUGCCCCCCGUCCCCAAACAGGAGAAGAAGAAACACCGACUUCAAAAGAAGAGACCCCACCCUCACGGCCCUCCAUCCUCCCACAAGAUCCAGUGGACCGGACAUCACGGGUGGAACGACACAAGACUCAACAUGCAGCCAUGGAGGCAACAGCCAAGAUAUUGGAGUGUGCCUCAUCAGGAGCAGGGCUGCUACUACAGAGACGCUGGUUACAGCGGAUAUGAAGGUUACUGGUGAAGAAACAGAUGCCGCUG